AUGGCAGACGCUAUGUCAUACCUGGCCAGUGCACACAGCUCUUCUGGUGGUGCCUGCCGGGGCCCGCAGAGCAGGGCCUAUCGGAGAGCUUUGCACCGUUACGCCAAGCAAAUCAACGCUCUUCCUUCUUGUAAGUUCAAUUUUCUCAAACCUCAAGAGUUCUUUUCUCAUUUGGGACCAGAUGCCAAGGCUUUUCACAAGAACAAUCCGCAGUGCUUCGGACUCCCGCGGAGUUACUCGGUGCGUGUCGUCCAGGACGACAAUGCCCAGGCCGCUCCAGCCGCUGCCCAAGCUAUUGAAGGCAAAACCAUUGUGAUCGGUCAACAUGGUUCUGACAGCAGCGGCCUGCAGCUGGGCAGUGUUGGCGUCAAGCCCUCUGAUGUGAACUGGUUCUCUUCGACCAAUAGCUAUGUCUUUGACACGGUGCUUGAGCAACCGUCAGCCCAGCUUUCUCCUCAACUGAAAGCAUCGCGAGUCUCUGGAUAUGUGAGUCUUGAGGGCAACGCACCUGCAGCCUCAAUUGCCAUCGGAUCGGACGUUAUCAAUGUCGAGCUCGACAAGAAGGCGAGCUGGUACGAUGUCGAGGUCGCAGCCAAUGCUGGCGCCUACCUCGACACGCACAAGUCGACGCUGGCUUGGGAUGUCAAGUCUGACAAGUGGACUAACGCCAGCUGGGAAGAGGGCAAAUUUACCUGGGGUUACGACAUCGCCAAUAGAGGGAAUGACUUGCAGGAGGAUUGGGUCGCUGAGAAUAUGUUUUUUGACAACUACUCCGAUCCCCCAACUGAGUUUAACCUCACCAUGGACCUGUACGGCCCGGACUACACAUGCAUCAUCGGAGAGAGCACCGAUGAUGGUGCCUUCAUAAACACCACCAUCACGAAUCGACGUUUUGUGCCCCCUGCCCCAGCCCAACGUAGUCAAUCGGCCAUCAAGUCUGUCUUCCCAGUCAAGUGGAAAAUUCAGAUGACCCCCUUCGCCGAUAGCUUCGUGGGAGCCUACGAAGACUCUGAAGGCGUGAUUUACGCCGUCAAGGGGUCGCUUCGUAUGGAAGAGAGCGCCGAUGAAUCUGUCGUUGCUGCUAGCAUGACUGAGGACCUCAGCGUCGUCGAAGGCACCGAGAAGUCGUUUUCUGCCAUGUCCGUCGCAGAGGCACCGUCUUUUAUUAUGGCUGCUGCUGCUGAUGCACCCCCCAAAGCCAAGCUGGCCGUCCAUCAACUUAUGACCUUUGACCCCAUGGUACAGGACAAGGAGGAUCCUUCCGGCUACCGUGACUCUGUGGCAACGGUGGCUAUGAAGGAUUUUCAGAACAUCAUCAUCUAUCACAUGGACGAGGAUCUGAGGACUACCUUCAUCAGCGCUUCUCAAGUACACCUUGAGCCUGAGGUGCUGGCAGUCGCCAAUGACGAUCCGGGUAAUGCAGCGUGGUACAAAACGCUCCAGGUUCCCCUUAUCACGUCUGUGCUUGCACAAGGCACUACCGAAUGGGGCAAACACUGCAACGGAGCUCGCGCAGCUGCACGGCUCAAGUCGAUCCCCGCCGAGAGUGAGGUCUACAAGCGGCACUCGGCCAAGCUCUAUCGGUACCGCUAUUUCGAGAAGUUUCCCACCAUGAAGGAGUUCCUGUCUGAUCAACGCAAUGGGGGCCAUAAGGAAGACUUGAAGAAGUUUGCCGACAGAAUGAAGGAGCAGUUCAAAGCCAAGACAUCGGGACUCGGCGCCGGCAAUCCUGACUUUGAAAAGAACCUCGCAAGCGCCCUUGCUGAGAUCGACAACUUGGCCAAAUGGGCGCGCGACAAGAACUUGUAUUGGGCUAUGCAGCUUCUGUACUGGGUCCAAAACUCGGCCGUCAAGAUGUGGUACGGCCAGUACAUGUCUGGCAGUGUGUCGAGCUCCGUGGCCAUGCGGUUGAAGCAGUUGAACACGCUGUUUGGCAUUCUUGAGGACAACGCCAACAACACGAAGCCUGGAGGCAAGAGCUUUAUGCAAGCCUUCAAUGAAGAAGUCAGGCUGUACCAGAUGACGACAAUCAUCCCGCAGAUGGUCGACCUGACCGGCAAUACAAAGCAGGACAUUGACGACUUGGUAAAGGAGUGUCUGGAUCAGUACAUCAAGCAGUACCAGAAUAUCGACAUGGAGGCGCACAAGGAGGCCAUCGAGGCCGCGCUGCUGCUCUAUCAACAGGACGAACUGCGCCGCAAGGUUUUCAAGAUGUUGUUUGCGCUUUCCCGCACCAGUAGCACCUUGGGCUCAUGGGGUGCCACGAUUGAGUUAUGGCAUCGUGAACUGUACAACAGGCCAUGGUUUCAGAAUGUUGCCAAAAUUGCCAAUUCGGUCCGGGUGCUUACCGUCCUCACCAGUGUUGUUGUACUCGUCCAGCCUCUUUUGACUGGCGAAUGGAGGAGCAUGUCGCCAGAGCAGAAGGUGAAGUGGGGAUUUGCCCUCGGCGGUCUGGCUGGUAUGCUCAUCAUCGAAGUUGCCCAAGGCACCUUGCGUUUGUACCAAUUCUGGGGCGACAUGGCCGCUAAGCGGUGGUAUGAGAAGCUUGGUACCGCCUUUGGCUGGGAAGGUGCCGUCAACAAGAUUGAGAAUGGCGCUUUGCGGGUUCAAAAGGGAUUCGGCAGCUGGUUCACUCGUACUGCCGAGCAGACCAAGGACUUGGCUGCUCGAAUUGCUGCCAAGGAGGAGGGGUUGCUCGAGUUCAGCAGAUUUGAGAAGAUAUUUGGCAGGAAUGUUGGGGAGUUCAUGGGGGCUGUUCUUGGCGUGGUCUUGGGCAUUGUCAGUAUCGUUUUGAUCCUCAUCGAACUCGACUCGAACAAGGACGGUUUGCUCCAGGCGAUGGACUGGAUCAUGUUCACUUCAUCUGUCAUUCAAGUGGCCGGGAUUAUCCUCGGAUGGGUUGCCGCAGGUCUCGGGGCUGCCUAUUCAGGUCUCGCGCUCGUUGCCGCAUGGUCAGGGCCUAUCGCUAUCGUCUUUGCUGUCAUCGGAAUAAUCCUGUUUCUUGUCUGGUAUUUUACCACCGACCACCGCGAUCCAAUCCAGAAGUUUGUGGAAGACAAGGCCCGGCCCGCAGGACUUUGGGUAGACAACCCGAUGCAAGCAUCCGACUACAUUCGUACCGUGCCUGCUGUCGAUCAAAACCCAUCCCUUCCUGGCCUGACUUUCAAGGGACCAAUGCGGCGGGCCGGCGAUAUUGGCCAGGAAGACACCAGCUCCAUUGACGCCAAGUAUCUGCAUCUCGGUAAAACCGAGGGCGCCGUCGACCUCGGCGACGCUCUAGACUACACAUCCGACACCAUCUGGAGCUUUGAGACAGACGCCUAUGGCAAGAGCUUGAUCUACACCAAGCGCAUCAUCCAGGAGAAAGACCGCAAGCGAGCAGUGCUGUGGUAUUUGUCGACAGACAGCAGCAACAACGCCAUCGUUAAGCAACGCCCCGGCGCCGACCCCGAGUGGAAGGCGUUGCUUCCUUCCUUGCAGUGGGAGGUCGAGGUCCUAGAGCCGCCAAAGGUUGACGGCAAGAAGAACGUGCUGGCAAGCAAGGCGCGCAUUCGCCGAGGCAACCUCGAUCUGGGACGCACCUUUGACAGAGGCAACAAGCAGCCCGGCGGACUUGUACUGGUGGAUGUUGGAAAGUAUGAAGAGGCUGUCAAGAAGUAUCGCCUCAGGGACAUAAUGUACCGCCAGGGUCACGGACCUCGGCCGGAGCUACCAGGGCCUGCGGUGCCAUUUUAUGUCUGGGAGGUUGAAAUGGAGGCAAUGGGCCCUGGAAACUUGGAGUACAGCUCGCCCAAGUGGGUGUUGACCAACAAACUCAAGAAUGAACGCAACUACCCGAAAUUCGACUAUGAGCCGAGUGAUGCCAUGCGCUGGUCCAUCUCGCCCCCGCUCGACGCCAACAGCUUUGAGCUCAUCACGGCCGCGGGCCAGGACGGCGGUAUCGUGAAGCAAAAGGACGGUGUCGAGCCACCGCUCAUGUCGCCAACCACGUACACAGUGACGUGCACCGUGACGCGCGGUGGCAAGGAUCUCGUGUCGUGCCAGGCUAACUUUACACUCGAGGUGAUUACUGAGGAGGAGCUAGCCAAGAGGGGUGAUGAGGGGGAUGACGAGGAAUGA